UCAAAUCAGUCCUCAUCUAGUCCACAAUCAAUCAAGCUGAAUUCCCACUGCUCCACUCUCUCCUCUCUCUCUCUCUCUCUCUCCACUGCCUCUGAGCGGUGCCCACUCUACUAUGUGUGAGCUUCUGAAGAAGAAGCUCCCAACUCUCAGCAGCAGUGCAUAAUCAGAAUGGCAUACAUGUGUACGGACAGCGGAAAUCUAAUGGCGAUUGCCCAGCAAGUCAUCCAGCAGAAGCAGCAACAAGAGCAGCAGCAGCAGCAACAGCACCACCACCACCACCUCCUCCUCACCCCCAACCCCUUCUGGCCUCCCUCCUCCUCCUCCUCCUAUGACCCCUUCCCCCCUCCCGACCCCUCCUUCCACUUCCCCACCCUCGACCACCCCUCCACCCCCUUCCGCCUCUCUGACGAAUUCGACUCCGUCGAGUGGAUGGAGACCCUCAUGGCCGGCGCCUCCACCGACACCCAAUCCGAUUGGCAGACCUCCCCUCUCUACCCCUCCGACCCCUUCCCUCCCCCUCCCUCCGAUCUCAUCUUCUCCGACCCCCCCUGGGCCCCACCUUCCUCCGAUCCUCAAUCCAACCCCUCCAAAGACGACCAAUUCCCCAUUUUCUCCGCUCUCAUGGACUGCGCCCGCCUCUCCGAGUCCAACCCGGAAAACGCCGUGAAGUCGCUGAUCCGCCUCCAGGACUCCGUCUCCGACCACGGCGAUCCACUGGAGCGCGUCUCCCACUACUUCUCCGAAGCCCUCUACAGCCGCGUUUACCAGAAAACCUCCGCCUCCGCCGCCGCCGCUACUUCUGCUGAAGAGUUCACUCUAUCCUACAAAGCCUUCAACGACGCCUGCCCUUACUCCAAAUUCGCCCAUUUAACCGCAAAUCAAGCCAUCCUCGAAGCCACGGAAAAGGCUACCAACAUUCACAUCGUCGAUUUCGGCAUUGUGCAAGGGAUCCAAUGGGCAGCCUUUCUGCAAGCCCUAGCGACCCGACCCGCCGGGAAACCCAAAAGGAUCCGGAUUUCCGGCAUACCCGCCCCGGCCCUCGGCGAUUCCCCGGCGCCGUCGCUGCUAGCCACCGGAAACCGCCUCCAGGAAUUCGCCAAUCUGCUGGAUCUGGAAUUCGAAUUCGACCCGAUCCUCACCCCGGUUCACGAGCUCACGGCCUCGAGCUUCCGGGUCGACCCGGACGAGGCCGUGGCGGUGAAUUUCAUGCUUCAAUUGUACAAUUUGCUCGACGAGAGCGACGACGGCGUUGAGGCGGCGCUGAAUCUCGCGAAGGGAUUGGAUCCGUGUGUUGUCACAUUGGGGGAAUACGAAGUGAGCUUGAACCGGGUCGGUUUCUUGACCCGUUUCAAGAAUGCGCUCAAGUACUACAUCGCAGUGUUUGAGUCCCUCGAGCUGAAUCUGAGCCGGGAGGCCCCGGAGAGGAUUGAGCUCGAGAGACUGCUGCUCCGGCGGAGGAUCGCCGGAGUGGUGGGCCAUGGGAACCGGAAGAGGGAGAGGAUGGAGGAUAAAGAGAGGUGGAGGGUUUUGAUGGAAGGCGCUGGUUUCCGGCCGUUGGCGUUUAGCCAUUACGCGAUCAGCCAAGCGAAUAUACUUCUAUGGAACUACAGCAGCAGCGCGAUGUACAAGCUUGUUGAUUCUUCGCCGCCCGGGUUUCUGUCGUUGGCUUGGAAUGAGGUUCCUCUUCUUACUGUGUCUUCGUGGCAUUGAUCGGAUCGUCGUUGUUUCAUGCCCUUUGCAUAAUCUAUGAUUUGUUGCUUGGUCUAGUUUUGCCAUGAUCUAAAAAGUGUUUAAUUUUGAAGAUAAAUGUUAGUCCAAUCUAAAUGUAUGGAAGAUAGACUCUAGUAUAGCUUGAUAGUUUUGAAACUAUGUUGGUAAUCUCAUUUUGUUCAUCUCA